UUCGCGGCGGCGUUCGUCAACUCCAUGGGCAUGAUCUGGGCGACGGAGAUCGGCGACAAGACCUUCUUCAUCGCGGCGAUCCUGGCCAUGAAGCACGCGCGCCUCGUCAUCUUCCUCGGCGCCGUGUCCGCGCUCGCGGUCAUGACGGUGCUGAGCGCCGCGAUGGGUUACGCGCUGCCCGCGUUGAUGCCGCGGACCUACACGCACUACGCGUCGGCGCUGCUCUUCUUCUACUUCGGGUGCCGCAUGCUCAAGGACGCGUCGUCCAUGUCCGGGAGCGGCGUGUCCGAGGAGCUCGGCGAGGUCGAGGAGGAGCUCGGCGGCGCGGGCCACGGCAAGAAGGACGUCGAGGACGACGGCGCCGAGGCGCCGCCGCCGGCGGAGGAGACCGACGCCGUCAAGGUGCUGGGCCAGGCCUUCAUGCUCACGUUCCUCGCGGAGUGGGGCGACCGGUCGCAGAUCGCGACGAUCGCGCUCGCGUCCGCCAAGGACCCCUACGGCGUCACGGCGGGCGGCAUCGUGGGCCACUCCAUGUGCACGGGGCUCGCCGUCGUCGGCGGCCGCAUGCUCGCGUCGCGCAUCUCCGAGAAGCACGUCCACGUCGUCGGCGGCCUCAUCUUCCUCGUCUUCGCGGCCUACUCCUUCUUCUUCGAGGACGUCCACGACGAGUGA